AUGAGUGUCAAGACUCAGACUAUCCCUCUCUUGUCGGUCAGAAGGAACAGUGAAGUGAAAGCUAUCAAGAAGAGACAGGGCAACGAUGCGGCGGAUAGGUUCCCAGAGAGCUGUUCACGGUGUCUAGAGACAUCAAAGAUAUGUCGGAUCGAUCCUCUGUUCAAGAGGACACGUCGACGAGGGACAACGGAUUCAGCCACUCGAACCGAGACCACACGCAAUGGUCAAGUCGCCGAUUCACUCCCACCCAAUAUGCUCCCGGACGAAGAUGAGGAUGGUUCAGUCAACAUCGGUCUAUGCGAAGUUCUUUUAAAUCGAUUUACAGUUGGCAACAUGACCUUUACGGCUCGUCAAGUGAACUUUUUCUUCGAGCUAUUCUUUGAGCGCUAUCAUCCUUUUUGCCCAAUACUCCUUCAAGUCCGAGACCCCGUACAAACAUACAUCAACGAAAAGUUUCUGUUCUGGGCCAUUAUUCACGUGGCCGCGCAGAAUGUCAUGUUCGAUCCAGCCGCCGAGAUGAUGAUGUCCAAACAGGAUUUGGCGGAGUUGAUGCAAGCCGUAAAGGAUAUGGCGGCGACGUUGAGCGUGUACUCCGGUCGAUCUCUAGGAACAGUACAGGGUUUAUUACUCCUAUCCGAAUGGUGCUUUCCCUCUACGAGACAGAAAGAUGAUAGGGGAUGGCAUUUUGCAAAUCUGGCAGUACAAACUGGAAUGUAUAUGGGUCUUCACCGACCCUACCAUUCCUUCGAAUAUUCUUCCCGUAGACCAGGACAAGCCUUGGCCGAAUCGAUACAGGGUCGUGAAAAAACUCUGGCGUGGAUCUCUUGUCAUACGUUGUCCAUUCUUAUGGCAAACGACAUAGGAGUUCCUGCUAUGAUACGUGAAGAUUGGGUCACGGUACAAGCUGCUGCCGUCAUGGGCAAGACAAAACCCGAUUGGUUGGUCGAUGUGCCGGAUACGGUCCUCCAGGCUUUGUGUAUAGCUCGACAUGUUGACAAAGCCGCCGACCUUCUUGGAAACUCAUGCACCACACCCACCGGUCAGCUCGAAGGUCCCGCCGCUCAGAUUGUAUGGGCAGCAUUGGAUCGUGAAUGGGCAGAUUUUGAAUUGAGCGUCGGAUCACUUCCUCCUCAUUUGGACUUUUGCAUGCACAUGACACGGGUUCGACUAUCCUGCUACGGUCUUCAAAUAGGAACCUCUGGGGCUUAUAGGAGUAACAUCGCCUCUCAACUAUACGCUUCAAGUAUCCGUGCUCUGGAAAUUGUGGGGAAUCAAGAUCAAGGCAAGAUGUUCUAUUGGCCCAGAAGCGCAUCAAGUGGUAUCAAACCAGCAGCCUUGGUUCUUCUUCACCUAAUCGCUUCUGAAGACGGUCGAGAUUUAGAGAUCGGUCCCGCUUUAGCAGCGGUGACGAAGGCAUAUCGAGCUCUGAUCACUUUGAGUGUGCAUGGGAAUGACAAGCAUUCUCGAUCAUCCAAAUUAGUCGCAUUCACCUCCAAAGACGCACAAGCGAGAAGGAGAGAAGGUAGGUUAUACGGUUCGAAACAUCCGGACAAUUUCGCGGAAAUCCGAUCACGUAUGGGUCUGGCAAACUACUAUCACGAUUGUCUAGCAACUGCCAAGCGAGCCAGAGGACGACAUGGACCAGAAUAUCAGAACGAUCCGGAUGGUCCGUCGAUUUAUAAUCCCCCUCCUGGCACAGCCGCAAACGAUCUGAUUGGUCAACCGACCGAGAUGUUGUUGGAUGAAUCUCCACCUUUCUGGCUUCAUGGAGACGACGGGAUGGACGGCAACAAUUUUGAUGAUUUUAUCUCGCAGUGGGCUCAAAUGGGACCGUCAUCUAUGGGACUGUUUCCGAUGUUGCAGUGA